AUGAGCCAUCAAGAUAACUUAGUAUUCUAUAUGAGCCAUAAUAUGACAGUUACAAGUGGCAAACCUGGAGACAUAACACAAGAGCUUGUAAAAGGAAAAGAUGCUGGAGAAAGAGGAACACAAUCAUUUAUUAUUCUGCUAUUCAGGCAGUACAGUGUAGACUAUAAAUUGGAGACCUACCUCAAAAUUGCUCGACUUUAUCUUGAAGAUGAUGAUCCAGUUCAAGGAGAAGCUUAUAUCAAUCGUGCUAGUAUUUUGCAGGCUGAAUCCAAGAAUGAGCAGUUACAAAUAUAUUAUAAAGUUUGCUAUGCUCGUGUCCUUGAUUAUCGAAGAAAGUUCAUUGAGGCUGCCCAGCGAUAUAAUGAGCUCUCUUAUAGGCCCAUUAUUCAUGAGGAUGAAAGAAUAGAAGCAUUGAAAAAAGCCUUAAUAUGUACUGUUUUAGCUUCAGCUGGUCAACAGAGAUCAAGAAUGCUUGGCACACUUUUCAAGGAUGAGCGUUGUCAGCAGUUGCCCUGCUACCACAUCUUAGAGAAAAUGCAUUUGGAUCGUAUUAUUCGUCAUAGUGAAUUAACAGAAUUUCAGAACAUGUUGCAGACCCACCAGCAAGCCACAACCUCAGAUGGUUCAACCAUUUUAGACAGAGCUGUAACUGAGCACAACUUACUGGCUGCCAGCAAAUUAUAUAACAACAUAACAUUUACAGAGCUGGGAGCACUCUUACAGAUUUCUCCUGCAAAAGCUGAAAAGAUAGCAAGUCAGAUGAUCACAGAAGGCAGAAUGAAUGGUUAUAUUGAUCAGGUGACUGCAACACGUCUAGCCCUCACUGUGGAGGGUAUGAAAACCUGUUUUGCUAGUUCCACAUGCCUCAUGAAAAAUUUCACCACGUCAGACUGUUGAUUCAAUAGCCCCAGAAGCUGAGACUGUCCA